UUUUUUGGUGAAUCAAAAAUUCAAUACCAAAGGAAGGAAAAAAGAGGGAGGGGGAAAUAAUAAAGAGAAGAGAUUUCUUCUCUUUAUUUCUUCAUACCCAUCUUUGUUGUUGCUUCUGCAACUCAAUCCCUUGUUGUUCUGCAACAUGAUGAAGCUACUACGCAUACCCAUCUUCUCUUGUAUUACUGGGUUUCUACUCCUAUUUCUGAUCUUGAAUUUAAGACCCACCAUGUCCCAAGAAGUUGAGGAAGAGAAAGAAUUUGAAUAUUUGAAAGGGAGUAGUAAAGGACCAGAGCACUGGGGAGAAAUUCAUGAAGAAUGGAAAGCUUGUAAUAAUGGGAAAAUGCAAUCCCCCAUUGACUUGUUGCAUCAAAGGGUGGAAGUUGUGUCGGAAUUGGGGAAGCUCAAGGGAGAUUACAAGACUGCCAAUUCAACUCUCAUGAAUAGGGGCCAUGAUAUAAAGCUUGAAUGGAAAGGUGAUGUUGGAUCAAUCGACAUCAAUGGUACUGAUUAUAAGCUUCGUCAAUGCCACUGGCACUCUCCUUCCGAGCACACCGUUAAUGGCAAGAGGUUUGCCGCAGAGCUGCAUAUGUUUCAUGAAAGCUCAAAUCGCAGCUUCGCAGUGAUUGGAGUCCUUUACAGAAUUGGGCGACCUGAUCCCUUUCUCUCAGAGUUGGAGAAAGAUAUAAAUGCUAUAGCUGAUACCCGAAACGAGAUUACGAUUGGGAUGGUUAAUCCAGAGCAGAUAAUAAAGUUGGGUGGAAGGAAGUAUUACAGAUAUUUGGGUUCUCUCACUACUCCUCCUUGCACAGAAGGUGUCAAGUGGACCAUCAUUAAAAGGGUGAUGACUGUUUCUGCAGAGCAAGUGAAGCUAUUACGGAGGGCGGUUCAUGACUCUGCAGAAUCGAAUGCAAGACCAGUACAACCACUGAAUGAUCGAGUGAUUGGGCUCUAUGAACCCACCAAGACUUCUACAAAAAAUUAGAAAUCACCAAAGCAUGAAUGACUUGAUUCUUUUGAUCUUCUGCAUUGGCAUAUAUUCUAUAAUGCUUGUACAUUGAAGA